AUUGAGAGUGAAAAGAAGUAAUAUUCUAUAUACGACUGGCUCUUAUGCGUGAUACUCCAGCUUACGGAAACCCUGGCGGAGCCACUCAAACAUUGAAGUUGAAAGAACGAUGAUGCAUGUACAUUUUCCGAUAUAUAACGUCAGAUAUACAUCUCUCUUUCUUCUUUUGAUAAAUUCUUGGUACAGCAUAAACAGAGAGAGAGCUACCUGCGGUGAUUUACGUCAUUUGAUGAUUUAACACUGCGGAUUUUCCUUAUGGUCUUACAUUAUGGUACUGGUGGGCGGUGGCAACAUCACGCACAGGGCGAUCCAGACGUGCUUCUAUAAAUGGCAACGCAGAUUCAACACAUCAGUGUUUCCAUUUAGCAACAUGGACAGCAAGCGUACUGCCGUCGUCCUUGCAUUCUGUCUCCUUAUCCUGGGGACUCUGACUGCAAGUGACCCCGAUCCUAAGAGACAUGGCAGACUACAUUCUUCAAGUAGCAGUGGUUUUGGGAUAAGAUUAAAAAUGAACAAAAUGCUGAAGUCUGCCCAGAAACAACUGCCGAAACUGCGCUCCGGGAAGAAGAGAUACUUGAACGCAGGAAACAAGAUUGAACUGGAACUAAUAUUACCGAUAUUAUCAGCAAUCACCCUGUUUGCACUGACUCACUAAGCUACCAGACAGAGGCGAAGAUAUAAGGAAAUCUCUUGGGACUCAAUCUGCUGGAUUCUCAGAGUAGUAUGUACCGUGAUGUUAAAAGAUUUACAGUCAUCAAAAAAUGGGUAAAUGACAAAAGGAUGUGAAAGUUUUCCAUUAAUAUAAUCUUGCAUUAGCCAAUCUCUCUUAUAAACAGACCCAGCCAAA